CUCAAGUGGCCACUGUGAGCCAGAGAACACGUUGCCACAACAACAGUCGCUGGCAGGACCCGCCUCGGGCAGCAUCCCAUCCUCCUCAACCUGAUAUAACAACAACAAACUAGUCGCCACACCAUCCCCUGCCACACCACAACAACCACAGUAGCGUUGCAUAUAACACACACAAUUAGGAAAUUACAUUAAUCAAACUUUCUCAACAUGGGUAAAGUAAAAAGACUUAGACAGAAGUUCCAUACUAGUUUGGCAAAGGAAAGAAAAAGCAAAGAAAGCAAUGAUCUUCCUGCUCCAGGGAUUUUACAGUUGGUGCCUAUGGUUAAGAAAAUUGAAAGUGAUGAAGCCACUGCCAGUGGUAACAUGUUUGCAGGUUUACAGAUCAAACUAGGGGAAACAGAGAACAUGCCUGCCUCUAAAACUGUGGAUACAUCAGACACGCGUAGUAUGACAAGUGUGUCCUCUAAUAAGCAGAGUAGAUGUACUAAGAAGGAAAGAAGAAGACAGAGACAUGAGGAAUUUAUGCAAAAAAUCGACGUCAUCCGGGCUUCAGCAAAAGCCGAGAGGGAGCGCAAGAAGCGAGAGAAAACUGCCAUUGUUGGGGAUAUGCAUCCCUUGCUUAAUGCUUUGCCCUCAUUAGAAGAAUUAAUUGCUACUUCCACUAGUAAAACAGAUGUGCAGGCAUCAAAGAAAGUUAAAGGAACUAAGAAAGUGAAAGAAAGGCAAAAAGACUUCAUAUCAGAUGUACAAAUGUUUAUGGCAAUACAAGAAGAUCCAGUCUACAAAAAUGACCCGUUUGGUGCAGUUAGUAAGGCGAUUGAAAACAGAGUAUUAAAUGCGCAAGAAGAUUCUUGAUUGUGUAUUGAUUGCAGGAAUUCAGUUAAGUGCUGAAUACAAUGCAAGUUGGGUGUGUGGGUUGGAGGAAUUCACACAAAGAAUAUUUAAAGUUGUGAAAUGAAUUAAUGUCAUUUUUUGUUUUUAACUUUUUUGUAUGUUGCUCUUCCCUUAUCUCUGGAAAUGACUUAUCAUUAAGUGAAAGUAGAAGUUGGGUUUGUAAUGAUAGUUAAUUCAAACUUUUUCAAAAUAUUGUGUGCUCAUAAUCAUGUUGAAAAUUUGUGUCAUCAUAUUCAAAAGGGACCAUUAAAAAAAACAAUUUUGCAUAAUGUUUUACGGGUAAUUUUAAAAUUUAAAAAUCAAAUCAAGCAAACCUUAAUAAUACUGCACUUUGAUAAUACUGUACUUUGUAAAAUGUUGAAAUAUAAUUUGUGAUAUUACCAAUUUUACAAAAUGUAAAUUUGUUGGUUUAUAUUAAAGAGCUUUCAUUUUAACAAUG